UUCGAAGUUAUCGAACUGAAGAAAAAAUGGCGGCCAGCGCGAGGGUGCAGAAGCUCCUCCGACGAUAUAAACUAGCUAUCGCCGCUGCCUUAACCAUCCUCCUCAUCCAAAGUCUCGUGGUGUGGAGCCUGAAAAGUCUGGAAGAUGAUGAGGCGGAGAAAAAAGCAAGACGAUCUAAACUGCCCGACAACAGCCAGGACCAAAGGAGGGAUGCCACGGUUUUAGAAAGACACAUAGCGUUGUCUGGAAGUAACAAGGGCAGGCUGGAAAGAACCGGAGGCACGCCAACCAGCACGCUUAAAAGAGGGGCCAGUCAAAAACAAGGAAAGCCCGGAGUCAGGCUGAAGAAGCCCCCCGAGCAGGGGUACACCGGCACCGAAACGGACGGUGUAGCACCCCACGACCCAUCCAGUAACCUGAGUGAGAUGCGAGGCGCCGCUGAUGUGGUGGCCAAGUUAACCGGCGCCUUGCCAGGGGAGCCAGGCAGCGUGGACGGGGCACGCCAAUCCCCCAGCAGUGAUUUUGAGCCCAAAUGUGACAUCAUAAGUAAGGACGCGUGGUCUGCUCUGCAUCGUGCUAGCUCACAGCAGUGUCGCCAGGAGAUCGGCAACGUUGUGUGCAUGCAUCAGGCCGGGCAGCUCAUGCCGGAUGACCUUCCGCAAUUCUGCCCUCAGCCAGGCCGAUUGAGUGCUGCUCAGUCAGUUGGCGAGCUGGACAACAGCCUGGCCAACGUGGAGAACCCUGUCCGUGUGGUUUUCGUCCUGAUGGUCCACGGCCGCUCUGUACGGCAGCUCAAGCGUCUCAUUAAAGCCAUCUACCACUCUGAUCACUACUACUACAUCCAUGUAGACGAGCGGUCGGGCUACAUGCACCGGGAAGUCCUCCAAAUAGCCCAGCAGUACCCAAAUAUACGUGCCACGCCCUGGAGAAUGGUGACCAUCUGGGGUGGUGCCAGUCUGCUGAAGGCGUACCUGCGCAGCAUGCAGGACCUCCUGGCCCUGCUGGAUUGGAAGUGGGAUUUCUUCAUUAAUCUCAGUGGCACAGACUUCCCCACCAGGACUAAUGAUGAGCUGGUGGCCUUUUUAUCACAACACAGAGACAAGAACUUCCUCAAGUCCCAUGGCAGAGAGAACACCCGGUUUAUUAGAAAGCAGGGCCUCGAUCGUCUCUUUCACGAGUGUGACAACCACAUGUGGCGUUUGGGAGAGCGCAAAAUCCCCGAUGGCCUGGAAGUGUCGGGUGGCUCCGAUUGGUUUGCGCUCACCCGCCGCUUUGUGGAGUAUGUCAUCAAUUCCCAAGACGACCUGGUGUCGGGACUGAAGCAGUUCUAUUCCUAUACUCUGCUCCCUGCUGAGUCCUUCUUCCACACCGUGCUCGGAAACAGUCACAUGUGCGACAGCCUGGUGGACAACAACCUCCGUGUGACCAACUGGAAUCGUAAACUGGGCUGUAAAUGCCAGUACAAGCACAUUGUGGAUUGGUGUGGUUGCUCUCCCAAUGACUUCAAACCCCAAGACCUCAUCCGCAUCCAGCAAUUAUCCCGGCCCACAUUCUUUGCACGCAAGUUUGAGUCGUCAAUAAACCAGGAAGCCGUUGAAAUCCUGGACACGCACUUGUAUGGCCAGUACACACCAGGAACUGUUGCCAUUAAGGCGUACUGGGAGAACCAGUUUGAGCAGAUGGAUGGCAUAGGCUCGCUGAGUGAUGUGAUGCUCACUGCUCACGCUUCCUUGUUUCGCCUGGGCUUGAACAGCCUUGCGACAUCCCAGGGCAAAAAAGACGCCUGCAGGUUUGAACCUAUCGGCUACCCUUUGUCAGUGCACUUGUACUUCUACGAUGACCGCUUUCAAGGGUACUUGAUACGUCAGGAAGUUCAGGCAGUGGGAUCAAAGGUCAAGGAGGCAAUAGAGAUGUGGGCUGUGCCCCAGACGGCAUUGGUCCUUGAGAAGAGUCUUAAAGAGUUUGAAAGGCUCAAACACCUUGAGAUCGGUACGGAAUGGGAUCCAAAGGAAAGAGUAUUUCGUAAUUUCGGCGGGAUCAUCGGCCCUUUGGAUGAACCGCUUGCGGUUCAGAAAUGGGUUCCCGGGCCCAACCUCACCGCCACCAUCGUGUGGAUUGACCCGGCCCAGGUGGUGGCAAUUUCGUAUGACAUCACAGUGGAUGCAGAUACAGAAUACACCCAUUACAAGCCACCCCUGCAGCACCCCCUACGGCCUGGCAUUUGGACGCUGCGUGUAUUGAAACGGUGGCAGCGUGUGGCCCAACUUCAGUUCCUUAUCGUACCUUUGAGCUUCAAAGAUCAGAAGCCACUGCGCAAAGAUAAGGACAGUUGGCUGCAUGCAGGCCCACCCGGAAAUUUGUACCUGGAUCAGAGCUUCCAGCACUUGAGUUCCAUACUGAAGUUGCCGCCUCAAGAGCCUGCCAUGCUGGAAGCGCAACGAAGCGCCCAGAUUGUGGGCCCGCCCCUUGACGUGUGGGUUGACAGGAGUGUGUCAAAUUUUUGGGUUACAGGAAACCUGUGCACAGCGCAGACUUCACCUUGCACCGCUUUGGUGCCAUGCUCCAAAACUACCUGGAGCUCCCUGUCCCCGGACCCAAAGUCUGAACUGGGCGCGGUGAAAAGUGACGGGAGAAUCCGGUAGCCCCAGUGGUGGGGAGGACAUAAAGGAAGUCUGUGCCGGAGGCUGCAAGCAGCCAUGACAGCUCCAGGAGAACUUUGUGUGUGGGAGGUUUGGCUCAAAGCUAAAGGCCACAAAAACAAUGACAUCUUGCACUGAAAAGUCACAACGUUCUCGAUAGAAAUGACUUGGUAAAUGCUGGAAAUUUGCACAUUGACAUCUGCGAGCCAAAAAGCUUUUCCUUGGCUUGCAGGAUGAUAUGAAUGCCUGAUACAUUUUAUUUGUAUUUUUUUGCUGACAGCAGAUGAGUGAGUGAAGCACCAAUCUUCACUAAAUAGUGAGUUUCUCUCUACUUGGGAUCAAGAUACAGUUCGAACUCGGCAAAGUCUCUCACCGCGUUUUGUUCACAUCUGAAGAUAGAACAAAGCAUAACAAGUAUGCUUAUUUUGAAGCAUUUUAUGUCGGACAUGGAACAAGUGCACUAUACUGUUGCGUAACGUUAAGCAAAAUUCAGUUGAUUACGUUGCAAUGAGGAGGAGCUGAAAAAAGGUCAGUUGUUUAUCUGCUAUUGUGGGUCACAUAAUAACAGGCAUUCCUGUUUUUUGGCAAAGCAUUAGUUUUACACAUGUUGAAAAUGUUCACAAGGCUAAAAGCUUCUUGCUCCCAGAAAGUGUCUGGAAAGUGCGAAUAGCUUCAGUCAAUGUCCACGUGCUCUUAAAAUUUGUGUUAAGUCUUUUUUAGCCACUGCUUGAGAGAGGAAUUUCAAAUUACAGUUACAUUUCAUGUAUGUUUGUGUAGGUGCGGUUUCCCCCACAUGGGUCUGCACUCCCACUCAAGGGAGAAACACUUCAAGUGACCACAAAUGGUAAACACUGUAUAAUUUCUUUUUGGGUUUAUUUUAAGAAUAUUACGAUAACUCAAAGCUGCCUUUACGAAGCUGAGAUGACUUGUUUACUGCAGGAUUAAAGGUUCCCAAGAUGUGCAAUUAUUUUAACACGUUUAAUAGGGUCUUUUAUGUUCUUCAAAAUUGUGGUUUUCAAGUGACCUUGUUUACCUUGCACAGAACAGUUGCUUCAAUGAAGCCCAUGUCUGCAACAAACAAAAAAAUAACUGCAGAUGUUAUUUUUAUACUGUGUACUGUUUGAAUGUGGUAUACCUACAUUUUAUUUCCUGAUCAGUGAUGGAGAGGUUGAGCUUUCUGUCCUUGCUGCUGUGGAGAGCUAACGAGGUCUUAGGUCAACAAGAAACAUGGACAUCAAUAAAAAUAAAAUAAAGGACACGGAUAUCAA